AUGGCCUCCACAAAUAUCAAAGGUGAAAAAGUGUCCAAAUUUGAGACCUUAAAACUUUUGGAGAAGUGCAGAAAGGAAAGAGAUGAUGCCAUGCACAGGGAAAGUGUUUUCAGAGAGAAACUCAGACAGUACGAGUCGAGGAUGCGUUCAACUGAGGCCCUGAAACAGAAACUGAAGACCUUGACCAUGGACAACAAAGACCUGAGGAAACAAGUGAAGACUCUUCGCACAGAGCUUGGACUUGAGUGCAGCCCAAAGUUCAACGGAAAGACAACAAAGGACAUAAUCAAUGACUUGUAUGAAAAGGAUCGUGAGUGCAGUUCCCUGAUGGAGAAAGCUGGGAAACUGAGCCUGACCAUUGAUGAUUUGACUUCUGAGUUGGCAAACACAGUUACCUCUAAGACACUUUUAGAGGAUCAAGUGCAGUCAUUGCAGCAAAAUCUCAAGGACAUGACAAAUAAUCAACGUCGUCUGCUAAAAUUGUGGGAAGACAAGAAAGCCCAGAGGGAACAGCUCGCCCUCCCUGCAAUUACCCAAAAACCUGGACAGAAACCAUUCGUACACAGAGCAAUUCAAACAGAGAUGUCCAUCGGUUCAUCCCAAAAGCUUCCAGUCAAUGCAUUUGAGACCAAGUCGUUCUCUCGAGACAAUGACAAAAAGACUGUUUUGGAGAAACGUAGUUUUGCAACUUAUGGAAAUGGCUAUCAUCAUGACAAAAAAACUUUCAUGCAUGAUGAAACUAAAGGGAUUCAGAACUGA